AUGGGUUCGAGAAUACAAGACCCAAAUUCAAUAAAACAUUACAUACCACACAUGCAAGCAAACACAACAACACAAAACACACAUACAUUCAGGAACCCCUUCCAUAAUGGAGACACAAGACAAACAACACUACGGGACGAAGCAACACCAAGGACCAUGCCGACACUAGAACCAACACCUCAACAGAAGAAAAGACACAUGAGUCUCCCUGUGAGCUUGUUCCGACAUAUGAGGAGAUUUUCACCCGCAACGCACCAUUCCACUGUGUCGUUUUCCAAACCUGUGGACGAAUCCAUCUUUUCACUAUACAACAAUUACCAAGAGGAAAAAUACAGGAAUAUAAAACCAUCCAUCUUCUUGAAGAAAAAAUUAAGUGAAACUGAGAAUGAAAUAGAGAAGGAAAGACAAAUGAGGGAGUUCUCCGAGAGGUAUUGGUUAAUGGAGAACGAACUAAACGAGUCACUAUUCGAGAGCUCCAGCGACGAAGAAGAGGAGGAUGAAGACUGGGACUUCGAGGUGAGUGACGACGAAUGCAUCUCCUACUGCGAGAUAUAA